UGUAUCAUUAUAUGGGGUUGUUUAGACUUGUGUGUGGGAGGUUGCAACCUUGCAGCUGCAGAGGAGGGUGCAAUUAAUAUUGGAGGAUUGCAACACUUUGCUGUUGAUAUGUUCAAGCAAAUGAAAAUUUCCCAGGUUCUGCCUCCUGAUGUUCCUGCCGAUGUUGGUGAAAGCUACCGCUGUAAGAUUGCUCUACUUGGCUGUGGACCUGCUUCAAUAUCUGCAGCAACUUUUCUAGGAAGACUGGGAUAUCAAAAUAUUACAAUAUUUGAGAAAGAAGAUUAUUUCGGAGGACUCAAUACAUCAGAGCUACCAGCAUAUAGGCUACCCUACGAUGUUGUCAACUUUGAGAUAGAUUUGAUGAAAGAUGUCGGAGUCAAGAUUGAGACUGGAAGAAUGCUCCAUAAUUCAGAUCUUACUUUGCUUAAACUCAAGAAUGACGGAUUUGCUGCAGUCUUUAUUGGUAUUGGAAACCCUGAACCUAAAACUAUUCCUAUAUUUACUGGUUUAACUGAGAAUAUGGGAUACUAUACAUCGAAAUCCUUCCUGCCUCAGGUAUCCCGUGCCUCCAAGCCUGGAAUGUGUGCCUGUAAGAGCCAGCUGCCUGAAAUAUGGGGGAAUGUUAUUGUGCUAGGUGCUGGAGAUACUGCAUUCGACUGUGCAACUUCGGCUCUGAGGUGUGGUGCUAAGAGGGUGUUUGUUGUCUUCAGAAAAGGUUUUAUUAAUAUUAGGGCUGUUCCUGAAGAAGCUGAACUUGCAAAACAGGAAAAAUGUGAGUUUAUCCCAUUUCUGUCUCCCCAGAAAGUGAUCAUGAAGAACGGCAGGGUGGGCGGUAUAGAGUUCUACAGAACAGAACAGGAUGAUGCGGGUAAGUGGAUAGAAGAUGAAGAACAGACAACUAGACUUAAAUGUGAUUUUAUCAUAUCAGCAUUUGGUUCUGGAUUAUAUGAUCCUCAGGUGAAAGAAGCUAUGGCACCUUUGAAACUGAAUAGAUGGGGAACCCCAGAGGUCAACACUAAUACUAUGGAAACAAGUGAACCCUGGGUAUUCUGUGGAGGUGACCUGGCAGGUGUUGCAGAGACUGCUGUAGAAGCUGUAAAUGAUGGAAAAAUUGGAGCUUGGAGUAUUCAUCGUUAUCUUCAGAGUAUUCAUAAUAUUCAGAUUCCGGAGAAGCCACAGCUUCCAAAGUUCUAUACAGAAAUCGACAAAGUUGAUAUUAGUGUUGAGAUGUGCGGGAUAAAGUUUAUGAAUCCAUUUGGUUUGGCGUCAGCUCCCCCAGCAACUACCUGUGCAAUGAUCAGGCGUGGGUUUGAGGCCGGCUGGGGAUUUUGUGUAACAAAAACAUUUGCACUGGACAAGGAUAUUGUUACCAACGUGUCUCCUAGAAUAGUACGAGGUACAACUGCAGGGCAUAGCUAUGGGCCCGGUCAAGGUGCUUUUCUGAAUAUUGAGCUCAUUUCGGAGAAAACUGCCGCUUACUGGUGUCAGGGUGUAACAGAGCUGAAAAAAGAUUUUCCUGAACAUGUCAUAAUUUCUAGCAUCAUGUGCUCUUACAACAAAGCAGACUGGCAAGAAUUGGCUAUUAUGGCAGAAAAGUCAGGACCUGAGGCCUUGGAGUUGAACUUGUCUUGUCCUCAUGGAAUGGGGGAACGGGGAAUGGGAUUAGCUUGUGGACAGAGCCCUGACAUGGUUCGGGAUAUCUGUGGAUGGGUGAAAGAGGUCACCACUAUACCUGUGUUCGCCAAGAUGACCCCAAAUGUAACAGAUAUUGUCAAGAUUGCUAGGGCAGCCCGUGAGGGUGGUGCUGAUGGUGUAACUGCUAUCAACACUGUUUCAGGAUUAAUGGGAUUGAGUAUGAAGGGAGUUGCUUGGCCAGCUGUUGGUUCAGAGAAAAAGACGACCUAUGGUGGGGUUAGCGGAAAUGCAGUCAAACCAAUGGCUCUCAAGGCGGUGUCAGCUAUUGCUAAAGCAAUGCCAGGCUUUCCUAUCCUUGCCACAGGUGGAAUUGACAGUGCUGAUGUGACAAUGCAAUUUCUUCUAGCUGGGGCUUCAGUUAUGCAGGUUUCCUCUGCUAUUCAGAAUCAAGAUUUUACAGUAGUUGAUGAUUAUAUAACAGGUUUGAAAACCCUUCUAUAUCUACAAACUCUCGAAGGACUAGAGGACUGGGACGGACAAUCGCCUCCAACACUGAGAACACAGAAGGGAAAACCUGUUAUUAAUGUGCAAAGUAUCAUCGGUAGAAAUCUACCUAAUUUCGGACCUUACGCAAAGGAGAAAGCUGCUCUGCUAGCAGAGCAUAAGAAGACUGAGGAUUUACUUGAGACGACUCUAUCUCCAAAUCGUCCUCCUGCUAAACAAAGAGUCAUGACUCCUAAGGUGGCUGAGGUGAUUGGUAAAGCACUUGACAAGAUUGGAGCCUACAGUGAUCUAGAUAACAGAGAACACGUGAUUGCACUUAUAGAUCCGGAGAUGUGCAUCAAUUGUGGGAAGUGCUACAUGACCUGUAAUGAUACUGGUUACCAGGCAAUAGAAUUCGACGAGGAGACUCAUAUUCCAAGAGUAAAAGAGGAUGCCUGCACUGGGUGUACACUUUGCUAUAGUGUCUGCCCUAUUAUCGAGUGUAUUAAGAUGGUUCCCAGAGAGAAUGAGUAUAUACCGAAGCGAGGAAUAGAUCUAGGCCAAGACUGGACUCCCAGAUUACCUGAUCUACAGCUUAGGUAA